AUGUGCUUUGAUACAACUAGUUCAAAUAACGGUUGUUUUAAUGGCGCAUGUGCAUUAUUAGAAGAUAAAAUUGGCCGUGACUUAUUAUAUCUUGCUUGUCGCCAUCAUACUUCUGAAUUGAUGUUACGAAAUGUUGCAGAAGUUGCUUGGCCAGUGACGAAUAGUCCAAAUGUACCAAUUUUCAAAAGACUCAGAGAUAAUUGGGAAAAAAUUGAUAAAUCUGCGUAUGAAAUCGGCACAGAGGAUAAAGAUAUUGCACUUAUUUUAAAUCAAAGAAAAGACGAUAUUCUUGACUUCAUAGAAAAUCAACUGAAGAAUCAUCAUCCGAGAAAUGAUUACAAGGAGUUUUUGGAGCUGAGCUGUAUCUUUUUGGGUGGUAUCAAAAGUCAUAGAGCCGAAUUUAAAGCACCUGGUGCUUUUCAUCACGCACGGUGGUUAUCGAAAGCUCUCUAUUGCUUGAAAAUAUAUAUGUUUAGAAACCAGUUUAAAAUGGGAGCAAACGAAAAAAAAAAUUUUGCAGAAAAUAUGUGUUUUCAUCGUAAUAUUUUAUGUAAAAAUAUGGUUUACUGCUCCUAAUGCAAUAAAUGCUCCAAACUCGGA